CAUCUUCCUGCCGAUGGAUUCCUGCAGCUCAAGUACGUACAUGGAGCUGCAGCCGAGUACAUGCGAUCAUGAUACCUUCGUGAUACGCCAUUAGGGCGGAGAAAUUCUUGAUCGACAGGUCAAUAUGAGUGCGCAUCAUGAAAAAGCCCAGCGCUAUAUUGGCCUCCUCGAGACCGUGCGCAUCGCCGGCAAUUGGCAUGAGCUCCCGGAGUUGAUACGCAAAGUAACGAAGCACGCCCCAGAUCGAAAAUGCUUGAUCCAGACUGCAAAAGUCGAACAUGCUGUCGCCAAUUACGCUUCCUCGUCCAUCCACAGGCCCGGUACAGCAAGCAGCACUCAGACAUCCCCAGAAAACCAGAUCGCCUCUCUACAGACAGAGUUACGUGCAAGCGGGCAGCCAUCGGAAGAUGUUAUACAAGGACAGACUGCCCUGCUAUGGGCUCGUUGGGUUGGACUGCUGAAAACGGACCUCUCUGCGACCAUAACCUUCGAGCCCACCCGCGCGGCUGCCGAUGCAAACUCCUUGUGGACAAAGAUUUGUGUGGUCAAGGCAGUUUAUAUCAAGGGUAUGCUUCUUGCGCAAGCCGGAAGUGACCAUCAAGCAAGGGAUCUCCAUUAUACACUUCUUCCGUGGUUGGAUUCCAAUCGGAGUCUAGUGGUAUCAACGCCUCAGCUCCUCUACUGGGCACAACAGCUACUUGGUCGGAUAGGAUUGGGUCAGCGGCAACCUCGAGGAUCUGACCCGGUAGUAUCGAACAGCGGCGACACAGCCUCCUUUCGACUGCAAUCUUUCCGACACUGGGCGGUUCUAGCUGUUAAGAACCAGGAUGUACCUGCCUCAACCUUCGGAAACCCACCGGGUCAUGUCUCGAAACUUGCAAUGUGGAGAGCAUAUUACAGAUUUGUGUCAGAUAUCAUGCAGCAGAAAGGGGAGAUCAACCAGCCACCGAGUCAUGUUGACUUGGCGACAGAGCUGCGACGAGUAGAAACAUCAUACGAGAGCGAACUCUUGCGCAAUACACAAUUCCCCAAGGCCACUGAAUCAAAUAUGCUGAUCGAAGACUGGGUGGAAGAGUUCAUCCGCAACUGGCAGAUCCUGUGUGGCCCGGACUUCGCUGACUCGGAUCUCGGUGAAGGGGGGCGCAACGGUGUUGGCAGAAACAUCCUCGAUAUGCUUUAUCGUGCCGCGACCAAGACUUUCCACUCGACUCUCAUUCUCAGGCGACUGUUCCAGGUGCACAAGACCUUGACAGAAUUCGACCUCGCUUACAAGGCCUUGGACACUUACAUAGAACUCAUGGACCGGGCACGAGCACGAGCGUCCAAGGAUGGCGCCGACACGACAAGGCGAGAUAGCGAUAGCAUCUACAUGAGGACGAUCGCCGAGGGUAUCGAAGGACUGUGUUCUUUCGGGCGCAAAUCGGAAGCCGAGAAGGCUAAUGACUUGUGCUCCAAGCUCCAAGAUCUCCUAGAGGAAUUGCUGCCACUUGCCGUGGAUGCAACCCCAAACCAUGCCAAGCCCGUGAACGGUCAUGCUUUGAUCAAUGGGUCAGCACAGGAGCCAUUGCCGGCGGAUUUGCUGGAAGUUGUGUACCGCGCCAUUGGGAUCGCGAAAUCUCAAUGGGCUCGGUGGACACCUUUCAGUGAAAACCGGUCAGGCCUGCAAUCCGAAGCCAUUCAGAGUCUCCAGAAAGCUGCUUCCCAGGAUGUACCAACAGAAAGACAGCUGAAAACGUUAUACGCACUUGGUAGGUUGUUGGCGGAGACACGUGACGUCGACGAAGCGAUAUUGGUAGUGAAGAAGGCAUUGGCUUGUGAUUUGACGGCUCAUCAAGCGGAAUCUACCUACAAGUUGCAGCGCGACCUGAUUCCAUUCUGGCACCUGCUUGCUCUGCUACUCACCUCAAGGCAAAACUUUGAGAUUGCAGGCCAAGGUUGUGCUGCCGCUCUCGAACAAUUUUCACCGCCGGGCGUCAUUUUCGGAGACUCAUCAAACUUUGCGGGAGCUGAACAGAAACAGAUCGGUUCUACGCUGCAUACUGGGCUCGUGGACGAUAUGGAGUGCGAGGAACUUCAAAGAAUAAUUGAAGUUCGGAUCACCGAGCUUGCCCUUACCGAACUUGUAGAGGGCCCCGAACACGCAGUUAAUAUCAGCAACGAUCUGCUCGUGCUAUAUGGACGGAUUUUUGGUCGAUUUGGUGCUCUUAAUGUCAUGGAGGAGAAGUCGAGGUCCAGAACAAGGCUUACGCAACCUCCCAAGGGCUCCGCUGGCACCAUCAAGAGCGUGAGAGGUAGUAUUUUCUCUCGCAGAAAGAUGGACCGCUCGAGUGAGUCGUCAAGAGGGCCCGACACAAUCGCAGCACCAACAACACGACCCAGCACUCAGACCACACAGGCCCCAACAAUUGAGGUCACUGAUGAGGAUGAGAAGCCAUCACCGCACAAACAUCGACUAUUCAGAUCUUCGCACGAACAUUCCACCGACGGGAGACGACAAGGUCGUAGUUUGGACACCCGACGAUCUCUCGACACGACUCCAGAGAAGCCUCUAGCACCGUCGGUGGCGACACAUCCGCGGCUGCAAACAAUUCAAUCUGGGGACGUUCCGGUUAUACCGGCGUCCUCCAUCCAUGAUCAGAGUAGUGAGGCAAAGAGGCCGUUAAAAGAAGUCCCCCAUAAUCUUGCACCGCACGACAAGAUGCCACCACCCGUUCAGCAUACGACUCAGCCGCCACAGCAAGACGUUCGACUACCAACAGGAGGAUCGCGAAUCUCACAAUUAGAUCCAAUUCCUCGUUUUGCCAGGGCCGCGUCGCAGCGAUACGCUUUGAGCAUACUCAUCAAGAUCUGGUUGGUCAUCGCCACGCUUUACAGGCGAGCCAAAUUGUUCGACGACUCACGCGAAGCAUGCGACGAAGCAGCAAAAGUGGCAGCGAAGAUCGAAAGCUUGAUUGCAAGUGUCGAAAGUUCGGCUCGAGCAUUUAGUGACAGUGAAUGGGGUGGAGGCGGUAAGAGCUCCGACGAAUUAUGGGCUGAUGUCUAUUAUGAGCGAGCGGAGCUCGUCAUGGCCAUUGCCCGGGAAAAGGAAGAGAAGAACGGAGAGAUGAAUUCAGAAAGUGUCCGUGAUGCAGUCGAGCAGUACGAAACAUGCUUGAUGUGCUAUGCCGACCAUCCUGGAGGCAUUAUUGGGCUCAGCAAUGUGCUGCUAGACUACUAUGAGCGCAAGGUGGAUUUGGUCAAGAAGGUCGACGGCGGUCCAGUCACGACGAGUGAGGUUCCAGCAGAAAAGAGUCGACCUCAGCAUACGCGAUCACUGAGUCGAUCCUCUGACGUUGGUAUAGUCAACGGCAUGCUCGACCUCGAUGGACAGGCCACACAUCCAACGGCGCAAUCGAAGGAUGAUGACCUCAAAAAGACGCCGGAGAACCUCAAUCGAUUGGCGGCUCGAGAUCGAGCAUACGGACUAUUAUCAUCGCUCACGAAACUCGGGUCUGCUUGGGACAAUUCUGAAGCAUGGUUCGCCUUGGCGAGGGCGCACGAACUUGGCGGCGAAAUAGACAAGGCCAAGGAGAUCCUGUGGUGGUGCGUCGAGCUUGAAGAUACACGACCAAUUCGACACUGGUCGAACAUAGGCAGUGGAGGAUACGUACUAUGAAGGAGAUUACAGUCUCAACAUGAUAAUUACAUGUGCAUAACGAUUCCAUUGUGAUGAUGGUGUUAUUGCAACGACUGUGAUUACGAUGGAGAAAGGUGAUUGUUCAACUGCAAGCUUCGGACCGGCAGGCCUUUGGGCCCUGGGGACUUGGGAGGCUGAUGAGGGCCGGGCUAAGGUUAGUGAGGCUUGCGAGGGGGCUGGAAGUUAGGAA